AUGGCGCCAUUUGAAGCAUUAUAUGGGAAGAAGUGCAAGACACCACUACAUUGGGACGAGGUAGGUGAGAGAAUUAUGAUUGGGCCAGAAAUCGUAUCCACCACUGUGACCAUGGUGGGCAAGAUCUGGGAGCGGCUGCUUGCAGCUCAAAGUAGGCAGAAGAGUUAUGCUGAUAAGAAGCGCCGAGAUAUAAGUUUCAGUAGGGGUGACCACGUUUUAUUAAAGGCCUCUCCUUGUAAAGGUAUCAUCAGGUUUGGGAAAAAGGGCAAGUUAAACCCAAGGUAUAUCGACCCCUUUGAAAUUCUGGAGGAAAUAAGUGAUGUGGCUUACAGACUUGCCCUGCCCCCAACCCUUGAUACAGUCCACAAUGUUUUUCAUGUUUCCAAUCUAAGGAAAUACAUUCCAAAUCCGACCCAUAUCAUCCAUCAUGAUGUAAUGCAAUGGACACCAAACUUGACCCAUGAAGAGGUCCCAACAGAAAUAAUUGCAAGGCAGAUCCGAAGGCUGAGGAAUAAAGAAAUCAACAUGGUGAAGGUACUCUAG